GUGUGUGAGUGUGUCUUCCUUUGCCGUGCUGAACAGUUCUCCGUAGACUGUUCUAGAGGACUUGGAGUGGUCGGUAGUGAGUUGGUCCUUGGGCAACCCCAGUGCGACAGCAGAGAGUGUGGUGUGUCCUAGUGAAAGAGAGGAAGACGACGAAGCACCAAGAAGCAGCCAAAAUGUAUUUCAAGAAAGUGGUGUCGAUCCUGGUCAUCUGCGUGGUGGCCGGAAGUGCCCUCGCCGAGGAGAGCAAGCCGGAGGUCGCGCCGGAGAACGUCCUGAACGAGCUGAGCUGGUCCUGCGCCAACAACGCGUCCUGCGUGACCCGGCUGGCCCGUAAGGUCGUGCAGAAGCUGGCCGCCCGCAAACCGGUGGACUUUGGAGCGUUCGCCAUCGAACCCGUGGAACGAAUCCCGCUGACCGUCGAGGGACGCUCGUCCCGCGCCCUGGACUUCCUCAGCGGCAACGCCGUCAAGUUCCCGAUCGGACCGAUGGUCUUCAACAUCGAACGCUCCGCCGACUAUCCAAACUUUAUCGAGGUGUCGCUGCUCAGAAAGGCCGAUGGAGCCCCGGGAGCCCGAGGCCGGACCCGUAAGCACAUGCGCUUCUUCGUGCCCGCAUUCCUGGUCUUCAGCCAGAUCGGCUGGUACGCGCUCGCCAUCGCCGGAGUCAAGUUGCUAGCGAUUAAGGCCUUCUUGGUCGCCAAAAUUGCCCUUAUUGUCGUAGCAAUGAUGACCUUCAAGAAACUCAUGGAACCAGUAGCCGUUUUGCCGUCGCCGUACUUCGACCAUCAGGAGCCGUUCCUGAUGCCAUACAGCAUGGACUUCCACCACGGAUUCCCCGGCGCCGGCCACGACAUGUACCCGAUCGGACACCUCGGCCACCACGACGGACCGUCCGCCCUGCACGCCGCCGAAGGGGGCCUCGGCGCGGCCAGCAACGUGAACGCCGUCGUCGACACGAACCAAGCCGCGGACAAGUCGGCCACGGUCGGUGGAUCCAGCAGCGGCAGCAGCAGCGUGUCCGGCGGUGCCUCGGCGGCUGCGUCCUCGAACGACCGUCACCACUUCCCGGGCGGCAAGAUCAAGCGGCAGGACUUUUACCCGGUGCCCCAAACCGGCAAGUACUACUGAGCCCCGACGCUCCGUAAGCUCACUGACAGGAUAGAACCCAACACCUAACAACACCUGCCCCCUGUGACUGAAACCGUGAAAACGACACCCGCAGGGCUGUGUCCCGUUAUUGUGCGACACGCCCGGCUCUACCUCCAAGUCCAAGAGAACAACCCCCCAAACUCCCUAAAAGAAAAAAGCCCCCGUCCCCCCAUAAAAAA